AAGCCUUCGUUGGAAAGGAAAGAAUAACAGAAAAUAGUCAAAUUCCAUUCACAUACAAAGCCACAGAGAAAAGGGAAGAGAAAACAGAAUUAAAAAAGAGUCUCAAAUGGCGUUGCAGUGGAUGAUACUCACUUACGUCGUCGCAGUGGAGGCGGUUCUUGCGGCGGUCUUAACUAUUCCAUCGCCGAAGCUUUUGAAGUAUCGAUUAGUCUCUCUCGUCUCUCUCCUUCUCCAACCUGCUCUCUUCAUCGUUCCUUUCGCUGGCUUCCAGCUCCUCGAUAUCUAUUGGAAGAAUGAGCAUCGCUUGAUGUGCACUUCUGAGAUCUGCACUGCUGCUGAGAGGGAUCGUUACGAGAAAUCGAUCUACAAAGCUCAAAGGAAUGUGAUUUUAUGUGCUUCAGCUUGCUUGCUCUACUGGUGUAUCUAUCGCAUUUGCAAAUAUUACAAAGAAAUUCAAAGUUUGGAGGAGGUGGAGAAGAGGUACAAGAAACAGUAGUUUAUUCUUGUUUGUCCCCACCUCAUAAUUAGGUGCACGAAAAAGUAGUGCUUUACCUUAUGUGGGAAACUUGUUUCACUUCCAGAGACUUUGUUGUUAUGAUUUGUGAAUUUCAUGCAUUUGCAAGUGCAUCUCUUGUGCUUGUUGCAUGGUUUUCUUUAGCUCUUAGACUUGAGCUUCUGCUUUCUGUUAUAUAUGAAAAUACAGGAUGAGUGUAGCCGGUUAGGAACCCGGCCCUUUCUAUUUAGGAGUGGUUUUCAUUGUUAACUUCGCAAUAACUUACACAAAAUCCACCUGUGUUUUUUUGGCAUUA